AUGUUGAACAAGUUAUGUACGACAAUCUGUCACUUUUUAUGUUGUCCAAUACAAUUAAUAGUUAAAAUAUGGCGCUCAUUAAAGGGUUAUGUGCGGGCCUUGCGUGUAUGCAAUCCAAGCGUAAGGGCCGUAGCCGAUGAGUUGGAAAGAGACGAAAUUGAACGCUGGUCAAGUUCUCUUCCACAAGCCAGAGUUACUCGCUGGGGAGGAAUGAUUUCUACGCCUGAUGAAUAUCUUCAAAACAACAUAAAACAAGCACUUAUUGAAAGUGGUUGUCCUGCUCAUAUCCUGGAUGAUCUCGUAAAAAACUGUCAUGAACGCAAUUGGCCAUCCGGACUAUCAAGCCUAGAAACUAGACAACACAACAGAAGGCACUAUGACCGAUACAACUGCAAGCGUAUACCUGGAAAACAAGCAGUCAUUGUCUUACCGUGUGAUAAUAUUAUGGUUAGUGAUGACAUGAUGUCUGAACCCGGUCUCAUAAUGAUUUUUGCUCAUGGAAUAGAAUAA